AAUUUGAAGUGUUCUUCUCUCAGUCAGUCAGUGUUCUUCUCUCACCGACGCCUCAUUGCCCUAAUUUGAGGUGAUUCACAGCUGCGAAAAUUUGCAAUUUCACUGUUGGUCUUGGAGAUUGGCCUCUGUAGAAAAGAUGGAUCCGUUGAGCAGUUUACCAGACGAGGUUCGUUGUCACAUAUUGUCCUUCCUUACCACAAAGGAGGCUGCUUCGACGUCUCUUCUCUCAAAGAAGUGGCGCAAUCUGUUUGCACUUGUCCUACUCCCUAGUCUUGACUUGGAUGACUCUGAGUUUCUUCAUCCGGAAGAGGAUAAACGGGAAAGAGACGGUGUUCUAGAAAGCUUCAUGGAUUUUGUGGAUAGAGUACUGUCUUUGCAGGGCAAUUCUCCCAUUCGUAAGUUCUCUCUCAAGUGUGAAACUGGUGUUUCGCCAGCUCAUGUGAAUCGUUGGUUAUGUGAAGUGCUGCAGCGUGGUGUUUUGGAGCUUGAUCUCACUGUUGAUUUGGGGUAUGGUUAUUACAUGCCUCAAGAUUUGUUUGUGAGUGAGACACUAGUCAAUCUGAAAUUAAAAAGUGCAUUUGGUAUUCACUGGUGGACUGGAGCUGAAGGCACUUCUUUACCAAUGCUUAAGACUCUUUGUGUUUACUCGCCGAGGUUUUUUUGUGAUGAUAAGCUUGAGGAGUUUCUUCCUUCUUUUCCUGUGCUUGAGGAUCUUCAAAUGUCUAAUAUUCAGUGGAUAGAUUCUGAUGAAACCGUGUCAAGUUCUACUCUCACAACGCUCCAUAUUACCUGCAUCCGCUCUGAAAAUCCAAAGAGCAUUUCUUUUGAUACUCCAAAUCUGCUUUCCUUUGUCUACUCUGAUUAUGUUGCGGAGGACUAUCCAUUAGUUAAUAUGAAAAACUUAUCUUUCGCUCGAAUCGCCCUUAGAGUAGAUGACUAUCAAAUCAAGCGAGUGAGAGCGCAAAAUAAUGAUUUGUUAGAGCAUGAUGUCGUUCUCCACUUUGGUAAUGUGGUGAAGCUCAUGAAUGGCAUACAAAAUGUUCAGGAACUUCACUUGUGUCCUGAUAUACUCGAGGUGCUUUCUCUAUGCUGUGACUCGAUGCCAGUGUUCCACAACGUCAAAAAGUUACUUAUUUACAGUGAUAAGGGUCGAGGAUGGCAAGCAGUGCCAGUUCUUCUAAGGAAUUGUCCACAUUUAGAAAUUCUGAUUUUUGAGGGUAUCGUGCACCAUGUGACGGAUAAAUGCGGGGAUGCUUGUGACUGCAUAUAUCGCAAGGAAAAAGGCCGUUCACUCAGAUCUUGUCCAGUGAAAGUGGUGGAGAUUAAAGAUUUUGGAGUAACAAUGAAAGAAAAGCACAUGAUAGAGCAUUUCUUGGACUACUUUUCGUGUUUGAAGGAGAUGAAGAUCUACGUUGAAGAGGAUGGAAUUACACAGAUUAUGAACAACCCUGAAGUGUCUAAACUUGUCUUGGAUGAGAUGGAAGAGUACAACGACUUAUAUAGCUGCAACUUCAAGCUAUACUUGGAUAAGAAGUCGAUUAGAAAUCUCUGAAGAAGAGAGCCUCCUCGGAAUCUCACUUGGUCUAAUCGUCUUGAAAACCGUCUCAAAUGGCCAAAACCUGAAUCUGUUUUUCCUCAAUUGUCUUCUGUAUCUUGCCAACUCUUGUCUGGGAAUGGUUUGAAAGUGAUUUCUCAACAAUAAUUUGUUUUCUUUCAGUUAACCGAUUUGUAAUGAUGUUACUUGAAGGGGACGAAGACUUGCAACAUUGUUUAGUUUCCUUCUUCGUUAACGAUCAGGAGGCACGUCUUUAUAGUUUUUUCUUUUCA